AUGAAGUGCUUCCUGAACGUUUUCUGCAUCAGACCAAUCCUGCGACAAAUCAUCCGCCCGCAGCGUGCGUCGCGAACGGGUUUCAGCCACGAGCCGAUCACCCCGCCGGCGUUGCCUAGCAGCUACUCUGUAGCCACUGGCACCGCUCCCCGCGCUGAACCAAGCCUUGCGCAUGCCCACUCGCGACGCCUUGGUCCAGCCAAGCGACUGGCUGCAUUAUGGGCGAGUGCGCGACGCUCGCUCGGCACCUAG